GACUCUUACAGCAAAUCAUGCAAUCGGAUAAGAUAUCCACUCCGCGCCUUCUUCCACUCCUUUCAAAAACCAUAGACACCGACCACCAAAGCCGCCGGCCAGUCCUCCGAUCACAAUCUCAUUCCCCUACUUCGUAAAAUGUCAACUUACUCUAAGGCCCAUAUCUGCCAGUGCCUGACACGCCUGUCAACUGUUCGACGAAAUUCCCCAGUCACAAUCUCCGGAGCCCGGCGGAAGAACGGCCAGCAGUUCGUCCAAGGUGUCCUUGCACUCGCCCAGGGACUUACCGAACUCGGCCUUCGCAGCGGCCACGUCGUCGCCAUAGCCGCCUUCAACAGUGAUGAGUAUCUGGAGUGGUUGCUGGCGGUUGCAUUUGUGGGAGGGAUAGUUGCUCCGUUGAAUUACCGAUGGAGCUUCCAAGAGGUCAAAUCGGCAAUUCUGGCCGUCAAGCCUGUGAUGUUGGUGAGCGACGAAAGUUGUAGCCGAUGGUACUCCGAGCUCGACGACGAUAGCGAGUUCCCUUUCCUGAGGUGGCGAGUUUUCGUCGGUUCCAAUUCCCUUGAUUCUAUGAAAUUGCCAAACAGUCUGGCUACGGAAACAAUUAGGAGUCAGACUAUUAGAGAUCUGGAUUUGAAUUUUACUUGGGCUCCUGAUGGUGCUGCUAUAGUAUGUUUUACUUCAGGCACCACGGGAAGGCCAAAGGGUGCUGUCAUUAGCCAUUCUGCAUUAAUUGUACAGUCAUUAGCCAAAGUUGCCAUCGUUGGUUACAGGGAGGAUGAUGUUUAUUUGCAUCUUGCUCCACUUUGCCACAUUGGGGGGUUAUCGUCAGCCUUGGCCAUGUUGAUGGUUGGAGCUUGUCAUGUCUUGAUUUCCAAAUUCGAAGCUACAGCAGCUGUGGAUGCCAUUGAGAAACACUCGGUGACUUCUUUCAUCACUGUCCCCACGAUCAUGGUUGACUUGAUUUCCUCAAUCACAAUGAAGGAAAACUGGAGAGGCAAGCACUCCGUUAAGAAGAUCCUAAAUGGAGGCGGGAGUCUUCCACCUGAACUCAUAGGACUAGUUGCUAAUUUCUUCCCACAAGCGAGGCUUCUUUCAGCUUAUGGAAUGACAGAGACCUCUUCUUCAUUAACUUUCAUGGCUCUACACGAUCCAACAGUGGCCGAAAUCUCUCGCCAGUCUCAGGGACCAGAAGGUGUCUGUGUUGGCAUGCCAGCCCCCCAUGUCGAAUUAAGAGUACACCGUGAUGGAAGAAUAUUAACCAGAGGCCCCCAUGUUAUGCUGGGAUACUGGGAUCAAUACACUGCUCCCCAGAGAUUGGAACCCACGGAUGAGAUUUGGCUCGACACUGGUGACGCAGGUUCUCUCGAUGACAGUGGUAAUCUCUGGCUCGUUGGGCGUAUCAAUGACCGAAUCAAGACAGGUGGAGAAAACGUUCACCCAGCAGAGAUAGAAGCAGUCCUGUUACAGCAUCCAGGAGUUAUUGGUGCUGUGGUCGUGGGGAUUCCAGACGCUCGUUUAGCCGAGCUGGUGGUUGGUUGCAUUCAAUUGAGAGAAAGCUGGGAAUGGUCAGAUAGUGGUUGUUGUGUUGCAGAGGAUGAGAGCAGGCAAGUGUUAUGCAGUGAGACUCUGACGAAGUAUUGCAGAGCAAAGAAUUUAACAGGGUAACUUCUCCUCUGACAUUCACCGUCCAUGGAAGUGGAAAGUCAGUGCAUGGUCUUUCUUCAGUUCUUUGUUCUGACAGUUAACGUAAGGGUUUCAUUUUUGUUGUUUGGUGGGAUGGAAGGUUUAAAGCACCGAGAAUGUUCGUCCGGUGGAAGGAGGAAUUCCCGCGUACGUCGACGGGGAAGAUAAGAAGAGAUCAAGUGAGAAGAGAAGUUAUGUCUCGGCGGUUGCUAGCCAUCUCCAGCAACCUUUGAGAUGAAAGAAUGAAUUGAGUUGCUUCAUGUCGCUGGUUUGCCCUGCUUGUUAACAAUGUAGGUUGAGAUUGAGCCCAUUAAUUUCUUUCAUUUAAAUUUUAAAACCAACCUUCUGCUCAGGUGGCUGUACUUGUUAGCAAUAGUGAGUUUACUUCCAGUUUCUGGAUUUGUCAAAUGGAGACCUGGUGCCCAAUUAUACAAAUUUUCAAUAAACUUUGGGCUCAUUAACAAGUUAAGUUAGGUCACCACUAAGCAUGGGACACGUGACCUCCUGGAUGUUGCAAAGUUGAUGAUGAAACGAUAACGUCUACAUAAUUGUCUUGUCGACUACUCACCACGACGAAUGAUAUAUGAAAUAAAUAGCUUAG